UUUGAAGAACUCUCUGUUGCUCCCAGAGACCAGGGGGGCCAUGUUGCUGCUAAGGAGAACGGUGGAAAAGUCCACGGAGAUGUUCAGGACUCCGGCAAUGGGUAAAUCAAAAGUGCACAUCCAAGAGCCUGGUGAUUCAACUGGAGAUGAAAGUCCUGAGUUUGCGAAUGUUUUUUUUUUCUACAGUUGUUGUCAAUUCGGUUGGAGAGGCUCAAGCUGUUGAGGCGUCUGAGGAGACUGAAGCGGUUGAGGAAGUCGAGGGGGAUGAGUUGGGGUGGUACUUUGACCUUGCCUCUUACCUGAGAGAGAGAGAUAGUGCCUGUCAACUUACCCGCCCACCAUCAUCAAGCGAGAAUGCGAGGGCGUCAUUCUGCGGAAACUAUCGGGGCCUUCUGCGCUUGGAAGCGAUAUCCACGUGGGCAUUGGGAGGGCGAACAGCUCACCUCUGACCCCAUCUAUCGCAAACAGUAGCGUUUAGUUUCAGGUAUAGAUGAGAGAUGAUGGAU